AUGCUGGAAGAUCUCUUACUUCUGAUACUUUUAGCAAUAUGUACAGUGCUUAUAUAUCACUGGUCUUAUACAAUUAUGUGGUAUCGACUGGGUGGCCUCUUUGAAACUGUAACAAGCAAUUCAAAGGUUAAACUUUUUGACAGUUUUCCAGAACUAGAAACUGAUACUAAUAGUUUUUUCUAUAAUUUAUACUCAGAAUACUCUGUUUCCUCCCAUAAAGUGAACAAAAUUAUACAUGUAUUAUUUUCUAUUGCUAUGACAUGUUAUGUGGAUACGAUUGUAGUAAUUCUGUGGCAGAUUAUGACUGUAGAGUCCGAGCAAGAAGCAGAUUUUGUCAGUUUAUGGAUUUGGCCGUUAUUAUCCAUGUUACUAUCAGUGUUACUUAUAUUAGUUCAGCCAUUCUUAAUAAUAAUCUCAGUAAUGAAUAAAUUCUUCAGAGAAAAAAUGGAUGUUGAUCGAUUAAUAAUCUUCACUACAGGUACGUUGUUCGUAUUGAUAAUGACUUUGAAUUCUCUCUCAUUUGGGCCAUUCCAAUACACUUAUAAUAUUUUAACCAAAAUAUCUAUCGCUGGUGUAUCAAUUCUAGCAAUUUUGUCCGGUAUUGCUACUGUAUCUACCUUAUAUUAUACAUUUACUUUUAUUUGGAAAAGAGGUACGGCAUCGAAACUAGGACUAUCAACAAUAAAUCGUAGAACUAAUUCUAACUCAUUAUUAUGGACUACAGAUGUUUCAGUGAUGGAGAAAAUUCACGAUUAUGAACUUAAUAUUAAAAAUAAUAUAGAAAUCCUCCGAACUCUUCGUGAUGACCCAGGUGAAGGGCAUUCUCAAUUAACUAAGCAAUUAAUGGAAAAAAUAGGCUGGUAUCAAAUUGAGUUAGCAAAACUGGAAUCUCAAUUAAAACAACCAAGUUCUAUAAAGACCUUUAAAAGAAUCUUCCAAGGUAGUUUUACUAUUUAUUGUUUGCAUAAGAUCAUCAUUACAUUUUGCAAAAGGAUACCUCAUAUUAUAGAACACGCAUGGUAUUAUCCGCAGGAUUAUGAAUAUGAUCAUUUUUAUAAAGAUGGUUUAAUUAGUACAUCAUCAGAUCCAUUGGCAGUUACUUUGGCAAAUGUUCUAGAUUUUAUUUUUUUCAAAUUCCAAUUCCAACAUGAAUUAGAUUAUUUAACAAAACAAAUUUCAUUACUGUUAUCUACCUCGUUGUUUAUUUGUUCCUUAUCUACAGUGGCAACAACUAUUUCAUACCUGUUGGCGUUAUUACCUUUAAAAAUUCAGAUUAUCGCAAUGUUUGCUAUGCAAUCUAAUACUUCAUCUUCUGAAUUACCAAUUUCUAAAAAGGAUUCCGAUAGAGAUAACAGGAAUAACAUAGGGACAUCAAGAGAUCGUAGAAAUCCCCCAUCCCUCAUUAAAAAUUUAUUAGUGUCAGAAUUGGCAGGCAUCUAUGUAGUUGCUACUACUUUAACAAUUCGUUCAAAUUUACCCUUCGAGAUAUCUCAAAAACUAAAUCUAUUGUUAGGUAAAAGAUUCACUGUUCCAAAUUUAGUUAUUGAUAAUUGGUUCGAUGAGAUAUAUGCAAUAACGUGCUUGGUAACAAUUACAUUUAUCAAAUUAGCAGAGAGAACUAUAUUUAGGACAUCACAUUAA